GAUUGAUUGAGAGCCGGCCGACCCUGGUGGAUUGGAGGAGAGGGCUCGAUCAGCAGCCGACGGCGGAUUUGCCCAGGAGUUUGUGCGUCAAGGGCGACGAUUCCUUGGGACCACAGGUUUGGAUCUGACAGACAGACAGACAGGCAGGCAGGGACCAUGCACAGCCCACGUAUGUGUGUGUGUGCGUGGCAGAAGCACCCGCCCGUCUGUCUUGGUGUGUGGAUGGAAGAGUGUUGUCAUACGGUCUGGUCGGUGACAGCCUUCUUGUCGAAGCACAGAGGCUCGCCAUCCUUGUCCUUGGUCUUGGUCGAGGCUGCACACAGCAUGCGCCACACAGACCACAACCGUAUCGACAUCGGCGCAGACACAUGUAUGUAUGGAUACAAUAUAUAAUAGCAUACGUACCUUCGCAGGCGUCUGCCGCUAAGUGGCAGAUCCCUAUGCCAUAAGCGAUGCUGUGUUUUCUAUCGACGAAGGCGGUGCCGAGAACUAAGUACGUAACAGCCGUGUUUCUCUCUCUACUCAAUCAAUGUGAGCGUGCGCAUGCGCAUACCGCAUGUGUACUGUUCUGGACACCCCUCGACGUCUCCGGCACCGGCACCCCACACUUUGGUGCCUCCUUCCAUUUUUGUUGUCUGGCAUCACACAUAUGCAUACGUCAUCCGUCAGCCCCCAUGUCUCCUCACUUACCGCAAACAUCAUCACGCAGGGCGUGGGUUUUCCUUGGGCGACAAGGGCUGUGCCAUUGCGGUGAUGCCUGCCUCCGUAGGGAUGGAUGAAGCUGCCGCCGCCCACCGCACGCCCGGCGGCCAGACAGGAGAGGAGCAGUGCCAGGAAAACACCGGCCAUCUCUUUUGCUCGGCUUUAAUUGGCCCGCGGAAUUAACGCACGUCUCUCUUUCUGUCUAGUGCAGACCGCUUCCUGCUUCGCUCAGGCACGGGAUUGGAA